UAAUUGAUAAAGUAUACCUUGAUGCCAAACUAAAAUUCAGAGAGCAGCUUGCCACAGCACAAAGGAUCACCAUUGGCCUGGACAUAUGGUCCAAGAAAGGCCUCACAGCCUCAUUUCUUGCCAUCAGUGCCUGCUACUAUUGCCCGGACGACAAAAAAGCAUGUCACAUAUUAUUAUCUCUGAUCCAGCUUACUCAUCCACACACGGCAGAGAGUAUAAAAACCUGUGUUGACCGGUGCACAGAAGACUGGGGUAUACCGCAAAACAAAAUACUGACAGCCAUAACGGACAACAGGAGCAACAUGGUAGCUGCAUUCAAACCUGUAGAGGAGGAGGAGAGUGAGAGCAGCAUGGAGGAGGACUCCCAGGAGAGCGACAGUGAAGACCCUGGGCUGGCUACAGACGAACAGAGGUAUGGAGCGAUGGUGAGGACCCCCUGCAUCGUCCACACGCUACAGCUGGUGGUUGGCAUGAUAAAAAAAGAAACAAGUGUUAAUAAACUUCUAGAUAAGGUCCGUUCACUGGUGAAGCUCUUCCGAAAAUCUUCCGUAGCAACUGAGAGGCUAUUGAAGGAGUGCAAAUUAACUCUGGUGAAGGACUGCCCCACUAGGUGGUCGAGCACCUACAUUAUGAUCAACCGGCUUCUUCAAGUAAAGGACUCGGUUGUGAAAGUUGCGGAUGGCAUGACGUGGGACUAUCUCCUACCAAGUGAAUGGCAAAAGCUGACCGCUGUGAAAGAAUUGCUCUCCCCCUUUGCUGAGCAUACACAGAUGCUGCAAAGCGACACACAGAGUCUGUCCCUUGUCAUUCCUGCCCUUCUUGACCUACAAGCUCACCUGUCUGACAUACUUGAUGAGCAGGGUCAUACUUUCAAGGACCUAGGGUCCUUGGCAGUAAAGAUGAGGGCCAACAUAGAGCUGCGAUUCGGCUGCUUUCUUGACAGCACGCACUCCAAAUUCUCACCCCUUGCUGCUGCUGCUUGCUUCCUCGAUCCAACAGAAUCACUCCUCACGAAUGAUGAUUUACAAAUUCAGGACAUUCUGAGCAAAGCGCAAGAGUACAUUGUUCAGUUGGUUCCACCAGUAGUUCGUGAGGAGGAGGAGGAGGCUGAGGAAUCGGAGAAGGGAGAAGGAGCAGCAGCCGAACCAGAGAAAAAGCGGUCAAGAUUUAAAUAUUUGUCCAAAACACACCGACCAAUGCGACCAUCCAAGUCUAGCCGGCCAAAACCGUGCGUCAGGCAUGAAAUGGAGAAGUAUAAGCAGGAACUGUCCCACUUAACUGAAGAAGAGUGCUCAAGUGCCCUUGAGUUUUGGAUUGCACAGCCGGAUCAUGCAUAUCCUCUCCUGAAACCCAUUGCCUUAGAUAUUAUAGCCAUGCCUGCCUCUCAAGCAUUUGCCGAGAGAGUGUUCAGUGUUACAGGUGACCUCAGUCGUGGUCGUCGCAACAGAGCCAGAGUCAUUUUAGAGAGAAGUGCUUUCCUCAAAUUGAACCGGUAGGCUACUGAGGCUACCUAGGCCCAGUUUAUACUGGCAGCUUAAAUCUGGCCUGAAUCUGAUCUGUGUCAGAUCGACAAGCUCCAAUGUUGUGAUGUGACCCAUGUGGAGCUUGUAUGUCUGAUCUGAUCUGCCGCAGAUCUGAUUCGGGCCAGAUUCAGGCCGCCAGUGUGAACCUAGUAGUGGCAAGUUACUUGACUUAGUUGACUUGUAUCAUUGAUUGUACAGAUUGUAUUGCGCUUCCAUGUUGAUUCUGUUUGGUUGCCUUAAAUAUUUGUAUUUGCAGAGCUGGUUGCCUUAAAAUUUCUGUUUUUAUAUAUGCAGAUCUUUGUUUUGUUUGAUCUUUACAUAUUUGGAAAUCCAUUCAUGGCCAUGUUGGGAUUUUAAUGUCUCUAUAACUUGACUUGUGGUUGUGAAACUUGUUUGUUAAGAGUAAGAUUACUGUUCCCCAACCCCUCAUAUUUUGGUAGAAUUGCACUAGGAGCCACAUUGUGUUCCCCUCCUACUUCAUGUGAAGUCAAGUGAGCUUUAUUUUUGUUUAAUCAUAUUUUAUUGUGAUACAAUACUCAUUGUGUGCCAUUGUGUUGUCUGCAACAAAAUAAUAAAAGAAAAGGUAGAGAGAAAAAAGUCAAAAAAACAACAACAACAACUCACCUUUUGAAAGUUA